GACAAUCCCAUUCUUUGUCCACCAAACGGCAUUCCGGGGUGGAGACUGAGGUGCCUCGAUGCUACUGUCAUAACCCGACAAUAUUUACAAAGCUGUCAGACUUCAGAUAUUUGUGUUGCUUUUUCUGAACAGGGUAUGGGCUUCCUGGGAUACAGGGACCACUAAGUUAUGAAGCUCUUUCCUUCCAGACCUUCCCUGUUCUCCAGUUACUGUCACAGCCUAAGCUUUACCUGCUGCUGCUCUCCCAACCACCAUCUCUGCUCUCCCAACCACCAUCUCUGCUCAGCCUGGUACUAGCAGCUUGGCUCAGACUCACUUCAUCACAAAGAAGAAAAAAAGAGAAAGAGAGAGGGAGAACAGAACCCUCCCCAGCUGCCGUCCAGACACACAUGGUGCAUAGCUGCCAUUCUCCAGGCUCCAUCUAUCCCCGUGACUCGGCCUCCAGCUAGCUCCUGGCACACAAGGGAUAUAAAUAGGCAGCAUCCAGCUAGUUAGUGGAGUGUGCACUUGUUUCCUUUUUUCCCCGGGUCAUACACACGCCUAGUAGGGGUCACACCCAUUUGUUUUCUGUCUUCCCUCUGCCUGGAGCAGUGGUAGUUAGUGGUGGGACCGAGGAGAGAGUGACGAGGCAGAGACCAUGGAGGUCAAUAUGGAGUAUUGUCUUGCCCAGGUGGUGCAGAAAGACCUAGGGCGGAAGGUGCAGGUGGGACAGGAGCUCAUAGAUUACAUCGUGGAUAAGGAGAAGUCCCAGGACCUGGAGCAAGACCAGACAGCUCUGGACAGGAUGGUGGAUGGCAUCGCUACCACCUGGGUCAACUCCUCCAAUUUCAAGGUGGCUUUGCUAGGUAUAGACCUUUUAUCUGCCUUAGUGACAAGGUUACAGGACCGAUUUAGGAACCAUGUGGGAACAGUACUGGCCAGUCUGAUAGAUCGUCUGGGUGAUUCCAAAGACCAAGUCAGAGACCAAGAUCAAAUCCUGCUGCUGAAAAUCAUGGAGCAGGCUGCCUCCCCACAGUAUGUUUGGGACAGAAUGCUGGGAGGCUUCAAACACAAGAACAACAGGACCAGAGAGGGAGUGUGCCUUUGUCUCAUCUCAACUCUCAACAUGUACGGAGCCCAAGGCCUAACCCUCAGUAAAAUAGUCCCUCACAUAUGUAAUCUUCUAGGAGAUCCCACCAGUCAGGUGAGAGACGCAGCUAUGGGCUGCCUGGUGGAGAUCUACAGACACGUGGGGGAGAGGGUGAGGAUGGACCUUAGCAAGAAGGGCCUACCACAGUCACGGUUGAAUGUAAUCUUCAGCAGAUUUGAUGAAGUCCAAAGAUCUGGGAACAUGAUCCCAUCCUCAGGUUCAGAUAAGAACUUUGAUGAUGAGGACUCUGUGGAUGGGGGUCGGUCCUCCUCCUCUGCAUCGUCCUGCAAGGCGCCCCCCAGUGGUAGGAGGGCUGUAGCUGCGGUUUCUGUCCGCAGGCCCAGCUCUGCCACCGGACCCGGCAAGAUCUCUGCUAAAGAUGCUGCUGCAGGUGCUGUUGAUGAGGAGGACUUCAUCAAGGCUUUUGAAGAGGUUCCUACUAUCCAGAUCCACUCCAACAGAGAAAUGGAGGACAAUCUCUCCAAGGUUCGGGAGGUUCUAUCUGAUGACAAAAACGACUGGGAGCACAGAGUUGUUGCCCUGAAGAAGGUGCGUUCUCUGCUCCUGGCUGGAGCUCUGGAGUAUGAUAGUUUCCCUCAGCAGCUCCGUCUGCUGGAGGCCCCUCUGAAGCUGUCAGCUAAAGACCUGAGGUCCCAGGUGGUACGAGAGGCCUGCAUCACACUGGGAUACCUGUCCAUGUUGCUGGGCAACAAGUUUGACCACUGUGCAGAGACCCUGAUGCCCACACUGCUCAACCUGGUGCCCAACAGUGCCAAGGUGAUGGCCACGUCUGGCAUGGCAGCCAUACGUCUCAUCCUCAGGCACACACACUACUCACGUCUCAUCCCCAUCAUCACUAGUAACUGCACGUCCAAAUCAGUGGCCGUCAGAAGGCGCAGUUAUGAGUUCUUAGAGCUGUUAUUACUGGAGUGGCAGACACACACACUGGAGAGGCACGUGGCUGUUCUGACUGAAACCAUCAAGAAAGGGAUCCAUGAUGCUGACUCAGAGGCCAGAUCGGUCGCGAGAAAGUGUUAUUGGGGUUUCCAUGGCCACUACAGCCGGGAGGCGGAGCAUCUGUUCCAGGCCCUGGAGUCAACCUAUCAGAAGGCUCUGCAGUCUCACCUGAAGAGUUCUGACAGUGUCGUGUCUCUCCCCCAAUCAGACCGCUCAUCCUCCUCCUCACAGGAGAGCCUCAACCGGCCCCUGUCUGUCAAGAGUGCCAUAGGAGGCAGCAUGACAAGGGGUAAGAUGGUGAGUUCCAGGGUGAACUCCAACUCCGGCGGUUCUCUUCAGCGUUCCCGUAGUGAUAUCGACGUGAACGCCGCGGCCAGCGCCAAGUCACGCCUGAUCACCGUGCCCUCCGCUUCUCCCUUCAGCUCAGCAGCUGCCCUUCCCCCAGGCUCCUACGCCUCACUAGAUGGCACACCUGGUAAAAUUGAUACUGGCCGUGUGCGUACGAGGAGAACAAGCUCCGGCAAUGCCGUCGGAGCCAGCGCUACUGUGACUGACAGCAGGGGGCGCAGCCGAGCCAAAAUGAUGUCCCAGUCCCAGCGAUCCAGAUCUGCUAACCCCACUGGGGGUGGUAAGGCCCGAACUUCAUCCAAUCAGACUGGCAGUCGCUCCAGUUCCCCUGGCAAGCUGCUGGGCCACUCGUCUGGGUACGGGAGGAUCAGCAGGCCCCCCGCAACCUCCAGCACUCCAGCAGACAAGAGGAGCAAGGUCCCCCGCAGCCAGGGCUGCAGUAGAGAUUCCUCGCCUAACAGACUGGGCCUAGCAAGGAGCCGUAUACCCCGGCCCAGCAUGAGUCAGGGCUGCAGCAGGGACACAUCUAGGGAAAGCAGCCGAGACACCAGCCCUGCUCGGGGCUUCAAGCCUCUUGCCUCCCGACGUACCUCCCGCUCUACCAGCGCCUUAUCCACGGCUGACCCCCACAGCCAGUCAGACCGAUUUGGUUUGAUCCACCAGGCCCGCAUUUCUGCCUCGGUGAACGCCAUGAGAGUCCUCAACACUGGCACUGAGGUGGAGGCUGCUGUGGCUGACGCACUGCUAUUAGGAGACUCCAGAAAUAAGCGGAAGCCUAUGAGGCGGCGCUAUGAGUCUCCUGGUAUCUAUUCUGACGAUGACGCUAACAGUGAUGCGUCCAGCGCCUGCUCGGAACGGUCGUACGGCUCCCGAAACGGAGGUAUCCCUCACUACCUGCGUCAGACAGAGGAUGUGGCAGAGGUACUCAACCACUGUGCCAGCUCCAACUGGUCUGAGAGGAAGGAGGGACUGCUGGGACUGCAGAACCUGCUGAAGAGUCAAAGAAUACUCAGCCGGGUGGAGCUGAAGAGACUCUGUGAAAUCUUCACCAGAAUGUUUGCAGAUCCACACAGCAAGGUGUUCAGUAUGUUUCUAGAGACUCUGGUAGACUUUAUCCUGGUGCACAGAGAGGACCUGCAGGACUGGCUGUUUGUCCUGCUCACCCAGCUACUGAAGAAGAUGGGUGCUGACCUGCUGGGGUCUGUCCAGGCCAAGGUUCAGAAGGCUCUGGACAUCACCAGGGAGUCUUUUCCGUUUGAUCAGCAGUUUAACAUCCUGAUGAGGUUCAUUGUGGAUCAGACACAGACACCCAACCUCAAGGUGAAGGUGGCCAUCCUGAAGUACAUAGAGUCACUGGGAAGACAGAUGGAUCCUACAGACUUUGUCAACUCCAGUGAAACGCGACUAGCUGUAUCUCGCAUCAUUACGUGGACCACAGAACCCAAGAGCUCUGACGUCAGGAAGGCGGCACAGGUGGUGCUGAUCUCUCUGUUUGAGCUGAACACCCCGGAGUUCACCAUGCUGCUGGGAGCCCUGCCCAAGACCUUCCAGGACGGGGCCACCAAGCUGCUCCACAACCACCUCAAGAACUCCAGCAACACCAGCAGCGUGAGUUCUCCCAGCAACACUAUUGGGCGGACCCCACCCCGCCACACCCCCAGCCGGACCAGCCCCCUCACCUCUCCGACCAACUGCUCCCACGGUGGGCUGUCUCCGAGUCGGUUGUGGGGUGGGUGUUGGAGUGGCGAUGGGCUGUCUAAGCACCCCCCUCCCCCUCAUCCUCCUCCGCCUCCCUCCACCCCCUCUGGCCCCGCCCUCAGGGUCCUCCGCAGAGCGUACUCUCCCAGUAUGUUGGAGUAUGACACAGAGAACAUGAACUCUGAUGAGAUCUACAGCUCCCUGCGAGGGGUCACAGAGGCCAUCCAGAGUUUCAGCUAUCGCAGCCAGGAGGACCUCAACGAACCAAGAGGGAAGAGGGACGAUGCUGUGGGGCGUGAAGGUGUGGCGUCCUCCCCAGGCUCAGAUGCCCGUUUGGGGCUGGAUGUGGUGGAGGGUGGGCGCACGGCCUUGGAUAACAAGACCUCCCUCCUCAACACUCCGUCUCCCCGCUCCUUCUCCGGGCCGCGGGCCAGGGAGUUCGCUCCCUACGGGUAUGGGGACACCAUCACCUCAUCCUACGACAAGAGUGCCCUAAAGGAGGCCGUGUUUGACGAUGACGUGGAACAGUUCAGAGACUGUCGUCGGCAGGACGGCAGUGGUGAAAACAAGAUGGUGCUGCCUAAGGGCUUUGCUCCUGGCUCCCAGGACCACUCAGACCUUGUGGCAGAUCUUCUGAAGGAGCUGUCCAAUCACAAUGAGCGUGUGGAUGAGCGUAAGGGGGCCUUGGUGGAGCUGCUGAAGAUCACACGAGAGGACAGCCUGGCCGUGUGGGACGAACACUUCAAGACCAUCCUCCUACUGCUUCUGGAGACACUGGGGGAUAAAGACCACACCAUUCGGGCCCUGGCUCUGCGGGUACUGAAGGAGAUCCUGAGAAACCAACCGGCCCGCUUCAAGAACUAUGCUGAACUCACCAUCAUGAAGACCCUGGAGGCACACAAAGACUCCCACAAGGAGGUGGUGCGGGCAGCGGAGGAGGCUGCCUCCACCCUAGCCGGCUCCAUCCACCCAGAGCAGUGUAUCAAGGUGCUGUGUCCUAUCGUCCAGACGGCUGACUACCCCAUCAACCUGGCUGCCAUCAAGAUGCAGACCAAGGUGAUAGAACGCAUCACCAAGGAGUCCCUCCACCAGCUGCUGCCUGAUAUCAUACCAGGACUACUGCAGGGCUAUGACAACACAGAGAGUAGUGUUCGCAAGGCCAGUGUGUUCUGUCUGGUGGCCAUCUACUCCGUGAUUGGAGAAGAGCUCAAACCACACCUGCAGCUACUCACAGGCAGCAAGAUGAAGCUGCUGAAUUUGUACAUCAAGAGGGCCCAGACGACCAACAGCAACAGCAGCAGUUCCUCGGAUGUGUCCUCACACAGCUAGCUGUAGGAGGGAUCUGCCUGUCUGUACUUUGCAUCUAAAUGAGGGGAUAUAGGACCUCUCCAUUCCUGAGAUUCUCUCUCCUUCACCACGCUGGAUUCCUCCGGAUGACCCUCUGCUUCAAUCACAUCUUCAAUUCACGUACUUUUGCUCCCGGCCUUUUCUUUAUUUUCUCUCCAGUGAACUUGUCCUUUCAUUUGUCAUCGAAUUUCUUUCUCCCGUUUUGUCAUUUUUAAAAAAUAUAUAAACGUGUGGUCUGGGUAUAGGGUGGUUUAACGCGUUUUGACUUCUCUAUAAGAAUGAAUGGGGGUCAAGCUACUGUACAUCUACGGCAACACUCUAUUUUGCUGACAUUUUUUUAUAAUGUAACUUUGGAUGCUUAUUUGCUUGAGCAUUCAAAAAGUAACCGUAGGGGAAAGGACGAAACCAGGAGUUAUGAUAUGGUCCAAUAACAAUGAUAUGGUCCAAUAGCAAAUAAUGCCCUGAAAUUGAUUCAGAAGAAAAGAAAAAAACAUCCCUUUAAAAUGCAGUUAUACUGUAAUUGGACGAAUUAAUUCCUUCACAUUUAACAAGGAAGGCCAAUUGAGGUUGGAAUACCUCUUUCGCAUGGGGACCACAUGGCAUUCAGUUUGUGAUAAACUAAGAAUCAUAUGGCUGGCCCAGUGAUGAUAAAAAGCCCUGAUAUUAACCAGGUUGAAGACUUGUGUUUGGGAACAUUGAACACCAAAUAUGGCAGCAAUUGAAAUUAGUAGAAUGAGUAGUAAUCUCACGUUUUUUUCUUUCUAAACUGAGGGAUGAUGUUAUGAAAUCCUAUAAAAAGUGUUAGAUGAAAUAUUUGAACAUUUUAAGUUGGACAAUUAUGAAGCCUCACUUACGCCCAGGUAGGCAAACAUUAUGUUUUAUUAUUAUUAUCUAUUAGUUUGUGAGAAAUUCCGGUGGAAACAUUGUCAAAGACCAACUUGCAGCUAAUAGCUUGGCUCUAACAUGAGAAAUAAGUACUGUAUUAAAUAAAAAUACAGUAAAAUACAUUUGAUAAUCUACAUUUUUUCAACACAAAAUGAACACUAAAAUGUAAAGCUGUUCAAAAUGUUUAAACUUGUUUUGUGUGAAAUAAGGAUAUAGAUAAAGAUGGAACUGUGUUUCUUUCUGACCUUAUGGUUGAGGUUAACUCCAUUUGGAUUUGUCAAAUUAACAACAUUAUUUAGGGAAGAAAAGACAAUAAUACAUUUUUUUUUUUAAAUCCCUGAUUCAAUCAAGUGAAAUGUAAUGGAUCCCUCCACACUCAUGAAAUUAGAAUGAGUGUUCUCAAUGACCAUGUUGCUAAUGAUGUCAGACACUGAAUGAAUGGGCCAUUGUCAGUCAUGACAACAAACAAUCCAGUGUCACAUUUAUUUAUUCCCCGUUUUUCCACCUGUGUAGCCAGAUUAUGGCAUUUUACUUGUUAACUAUGAUGCUGCUGCUUAUAACGUGUACUUGUCUGAUGAGUAAAAACCCUACACUUGUAGAUAAUGCGAAAGUUACAUGCUCGGUUUUGGAAGGAGAUCAGUGCAUUCAUUGAGACAGAAUCUAAAGAAACUACAGGCUGGUUUUCCGGACACAGAUUCAUGCUAGUCCUGGAUUAGAAACUAUUGUCAAUAGAGAAUAUCAAUUGGAAGUGUGUUUGUAAUCCUAAUCUUAAUCUGUGUCCAGGAAACCGGCCCUACCAGGCCUUAUGUUCAUUUUCCUAAAUAAUGUUUGGAUCACUUGUACUGUUGAAAGGAGAGGAUGGAUGUACAUACAGAAGUUCUCAGAUCUUAAAAAUGUGAAACCAUUACCCCAUGAACUACACUAAACAGGCUUGAAAACAGAUACAAUAAUAUUCACCAUGAUGAUGCAAAUUUAAGUUGUUUAUAAUAAUACAGUAUUACACACUUCUUAUUGUCACCUUCCCUUCACCUAACUACAGCUUUUGCAAUAAAGAAAAUACCAUGGUGAGCAAACUAAGUAUUUUGUACAUAACUUUUGAUCAAUUACCGCUUUGCAACUUUCAUGAAAUGAAAUAAAAAGGUUGGCUGUCUCACUUUUUUGCUGGUUAGUGAAUUAGCUUGCAUGUUUUUGGGCAGCACAUCCAAUUUGUGCUGCCUUACAUCGAUGGGUCCUGUUUUGGCUGUUGAAGUGCACUUGUAACCUCAUCAGUUUGGUCAGCCUUUACAACAAUUAAAUUAUUAUUUUGGUAGGGGAGGAAGACACCUGGCCGCAAUACACUCACGGUGUUCUGUAAAUUGACCAAAACUUAAGUCUCCGUCUGCCCUAGACAAUUAUGUACACUGUACAGGGCAUAACCAUCUCAAAAUGCCAAGCAGACAUGUACUGUAAAAGUAUCCUAGUUCUCCUUUAGUAAAGUACUACAAAUUUGGGCAUGUGGCUUUAUAAGGUAUGCUCUGUGUGUGCCUUGGUACUUAAGUACAGUAUCUGGCAACUAUUCCCAUCUGCUUAACAGUUUCAAAUCGCAAAAAAAAUGAUUUUUGUUUUCAAAUGGGGCCAUCAUCCUUUUACAAGUAUGUUAAUUGUAUUUUAUUGUGUGUAAGGGAGCCAGUCAUUUUGUUACAGACAUAAAGUACUGUAUUGGCUGAUGACUCAUGAAGAUCUGGCUCAUUUACUGUCCACAUGAUCUACUGAUGAUGGUAUUCCUAGAAAUCUGUUCACUAUGCAUGUUAUUAUUUGUGUUUGUUUUGUCAUGUAAGAGUCAUAUCUGUAUUUAUAUAAUUGUUUUAUUUUGUUUUUCAUGACAACUUGUACAGAAAGGUUUCGUUAACAUCCACCUGUGAUAGAUGAUUUGCAACAAUGUACAUUUGUUUGCUCUAGAAAUAAACAACCAUGAAAGUUGA